AUGGAUCCCAGCAAAAUUGAGGCUAUCACUAGCUGGCCUAUUCCCAAGACCCUUCAUGACAUCAGAAGCUUUCAUGGACUUUCAUCAUUCUACCAGCGUUUCAUCAAAGGCUUCAACACUAUUAUUGCUCCCAUCACAGAAUGCCUUAAGGGAGGAACAUUUAAGUGGACGGAAGAAGCCCAAAAGGGCUUUGAACUUCUCAAGCAGAAAGUAACAGAGGCACCGAUCCUUGUGCUUCCAGAUUUUUCCAAAGUGUUUGAAGUCGAUUGCGAUGCUUCUAAUCUGGGAAUUGGUGGUGUUCUCAGCUAA